UUUUUGAGAGUGGACCAAGACAAAGACAGGGAAUGCAGCCUGGACUGUGCAGGUUCCCCUCAGAAAUCACUUUGUGCAUCUGACGGAAGAACUUUUCUGUCCCGGUGUGAAUUUCAACGUGCAAAAUGCAAAGACCCUCAGCUGGAAAUAGCCUACAGGGGCAAUUGCAAAGAUGUUUCCAGAUGUGUGGCUGAACGGAAGUACACCCAGGAGCAAGCUCGCAAGGAAUUUCAACAAGUCUUUAUCCCAGAGUGCAAUGAUGAUGGCACAUACAGUCAGGUUCAGUGCCAUAGUUACACUGGAUACUGCUGGUGUGUCACCCCCAAUGGUCGUCCUAUCAGUGGUACUGCUGUGGCCCACAAAAUUCCCCGGUGCCCAGGUUCAAUGAGUGAGAAGCUGCCACAACGAGAAGGUGCAGGAAAAACAGAUGAUGCCUCAGCGCCUGCACUGGAGACUCAGCCUCAAGGUGAUGAAGAAGAUAUAGCUUCUCGUUACCCUACGUUAUGGACUGAGCAAGUGAAGAGUAGACAAAACAAAACCAAUAAAAGCUCAGCAUCAUCAUGUGAUCAAGAACUUCAGUCAGCCCUGGAGGAAGCUAAACAGCCCCAGAAAGACAAUGUAUUCAUUCCAGAGUGUGCUCAGGGUGGCCUCUACAAACCAGUGCAGUGCCAUCCUUCCACCGGCUACUGCUGGUGUGUGCUGGUGGAUACGGGACGUCCCAUCCCUGGUACCUCAACCAGGUAUGAACAACCUAAGUGUGAUAAUGGUGCCAGAGCUCACCCAGCCAAAACAAAGGAUUUGUACAAAGGACGACAGCUUCAAGGUUGUCCUGGGGCCAAGAAGAAUGAGUUUCUAACUAGUGUUUUGGAUGCAUUGUCUACGGAUAUGGUUCAUGCAGUCUCUGAUCCAUCAUUGUCUUCUAGCCGGGUUUCAGAGCCUGAUCCAAAUCAUACUCUGGAAGAGAGAGUGGUCCAUUGGUAUUUCAAACAGCUAGAUAAAAAUUCCAGUGGUGACAUUGGCAAGAAAGAAAUCAAGCCAUUUAAGAGAUUCCUAAGGAAGAAAUCAAAACCAAAAAAAUGUGUGAAGAAGUUUGUGGAAUACUGUGAUGUGAACAAUGAUAAGUCCUUGUCAGUUCAAGAAUUAAUGGGCUGCUUGGGAGUAACAAAAGAAGAAGCGGCCCCUAAAACCAACACAGAGAGCACUUCAUCCAGCAGGCAGCAAGUUUCUAAGAAGCAAGGGUGAACAGCUUACUGAUCAAAGGCAGAUCUCUUUGACAUGUGGGAGGUUUCCUCACCAAAAGGCAAUGAAAACAACUGUAGUAUUUGCACUUUGUACUUAAAAAUGUAAAUUCACUUUGUAGAAAUGAAAUAUUUAAACAGACUUUUUUUUUUUUUAAUCUGUGAAAAUGUAAUGGCUAGUUUUGAAAAAUUAUCACAUACAAUGUAUGUGUAUUCUUUUGUUGUCUGAAAUAUGUAAAACGUUUUGGGAGAUGUAAAAGUUUGCAUUUAAACCAUUUUAAAGAAAAAUAGCUUUUUUUUGGAAACAGUAGCCUAGAAACCUGAUUCUGUGUAUUUUGGUUUCAAUAGUAUGCCUUGUUUUUCUUAAUCAAUACUGUCAUUUAAGUAGAG